GUAAACCUGCUCCAGACGUGUUUGGUGUGAUGAUUGGAGACCAGCCGGAGGGAACGAUGACAUGGAGGAGGGAUGCUGCAUCUCUUCCUGGAUUCGAAGACUGUGGUCACAUAGAAAUCGCCUACAAUAUUCCACGUGGAAUACAAACGGAAAAGCAUCCCAACCCGGGACAGCCCUACAACGGCACUGCCAGGACGGCAUAUCUCCCAGACAAUAAAGAAGGCAACAAAGUGCUUCAACUGUUGAAGAAAGCGUUUGACCAGAGGCUGAUUUUCACAGUUGGGACAUUCAUAACAACUGGGAUUGAGAACCAGGUGACCUGGAGUGACAUUUCCCACAAGACGUUCAUAUUAGGAGGACCGGCGUGUUUUGGAUAUCCUGACCUGAACUAUAUAGAACAAGUCAAGAGGGAGCUGAAGGCCAAGGGUGUUGAGUGAAUUUGACACUGAGUGAAGUCAAAUAUCCUUUUCAUUCAGAUUUAUUGAAUAUUAUGCUCAGUAUAAGCAAAAAUAGGAAAAUACCUUUUUAUCUUUCUUUCAGAAAAAUAAUUU